AUGCUGCCAUUCUUGCUGUAUCGGCGACGAGAUGAAAGGAGUUGUAGUUUCACGACUAGAUUACUUCUCUAUUCGCUGUCUUCUUGGUAUUCAAGUGUGUGCGUUUUUAGCUCCUCGUCUUACACUAACAUUCUUCGUCUGCCUUUCAUUUCUUCUAUCAAUCAUUUUCAUUCAACACAGCUUUUCUUUUUGUCGCUAUAUCGACAACUAGAACACACAAGAACGCCAACGCUAUGCGUUCAAGAAAAAACUGCAAUAGUAGUAUCGGAUUACAACCAUCAUCAUUCGCGCACGCUUCACGGUGCUCUUCCUCUUCGGUCUUGCUAGAGUUCGUGAAUGGCGCCGCUCCCGCUGAACCUCAAAUUGAUAAUUUAUAUUAUAAUAUUAAUAGAUUAAUACGUUCGCAAGAAUAUAUUAUAAUGAGCAAGAUCAGAAUUCAGAUGAUGAGCCUAUUUGUAGUUGUACCCAGAGCCAGACCAACGCGUAAAGAAAUCAAAUGAAUAGCUGAACGUGAUCCGCGGUACUGGAUACCCUCCAAGAUCCAA